AUAUGUUUCUUUUCAUAGGUGGUGGUAUCUAGAUAAUAAAAUGCCUGUUGUAAAAAUAAAGCAUAUUGUCUCGUUCAGUAGCGAAGAAACUCCACAUAAAGCUGACAACCUUCUCAGUGAAGACUCAUCACGGAAAUGGAAAUGUGCUGCAGGCGAGAAACAGGCUUGCAUUGUUUUCCAACUUGAAAAAUCGACUCAGUUGUCAAGCAUUGAUAUAGCAAAUGAAGGAUCGGCGUUUAUUGAAGUUUUGGUUGGAAGAUCAAGCAAUGACAAUGUGCAAUAUCAGGUUAUUCUUGUCGCAUCAUCAUUCAUGAGUCCUCAAGAAAGCAGACAAGGUUCACCACCCAAUAGAGUCAGAAUUUUUAACAAAGACAAACUUACAUCAGACAUUGCAUCACAAAAAUGGGACCUGGUUAAAGUUGUUUGUACCCAGCCAUUUAAUAAGAGAUCAACAUAUGGUUUAUCUUUCAUUAAAUUUCAUACCACAGAUGAUGAUAUUGAAGAAAAGGAACCAGAGGUUCCUGUCAAGCAAAAAACUAAUGAUGGUCGAAAAACAUUCGGCAGUUUUAAAAUUAAAGAAGAAUCUGAUGAUUCCCAAUCUAUUCCACCUGGAAUGUCAAUGAAGAUGUACCAAAUGGCAAAGAAAGAAAAUUUAAAUACAAGUUGGUAUCCAUGUCAACCAAAUGUACCAUUGAUUUGCUUAACAUUGGAUGGGCAUACUUCAUCAGAAGAUGAGGGUAAAGAUGAAUCAGUUUCCAACAAAAUUGCACAACAAGCUGAUUCAGAUGAUGUGGAGGAAGAAGAAGAUCCAUAUGGAGCUUCUACUGAUGAAGAAGCAGGUGAUACAGAAGAUGAAAUUGAAAAAGUUAAGGCUCGUCAAAAAGAUCCAGUAAAGGUUGAAAAUGAUGCAAAUGAUGAAGACCCAUAUAAUGCUAGCACAGAUGAAGAACCAGAAACAAAUAAUCAUGCAGAAAACGGUUUACCAGAAUUGCCUGAUUAUUUUAAUGACAAGACAUUUAUGAUGUAUGGAAAAUUUGCUUCAAAAAUCGGAAGGUUAACAAGGAGACAUAUUAUUGCCUGUGGAGGCAAAAUCACAGAGUACAUGAAUGAAGAUGUUGAAUAUAUUAUUACUGAGCAACCUUGGGAUGAUAACUUUGAUCAGGCUCUUACUGAAAAUGCCGGAUUGGUUUUUGUCAGGCCGGGGUGGUUGUUUCAGUGUGGAGCCCAACAAAGGAUAAUUUCCUAUCAACCUUAUGCUGUGUCACCAUCUUGAUUUUUUCGAUUUUGCAAUAAAAUUUUAUACCCCG